GCUCCGACCGCAUAAGGAAGCGCUCUCUCCCGAUUCGGACGCGGGACUCGUGCCUGGAGAAUGGGGCGCCUCGGCCGGGCUUGGCUGGGCACCCUGGCCUUGGGGGCAGCGCUGGUGGCCGCUUCAGCAACAGUGACAAAUGGGACUAGCAGAGGACCAGGAAGAAGUUUCAUUGGUCAUAAAACCAAAACAAUCAACGCAACUACAGAAACAUACACCGUGGAUGAAUUUGCAACUAAAAUGCUUACUGGAAAACUCAUGACAGUUUUCCUGCCACUGGUCUACAUUGUCGUCUUUGUCAUCGGUUUGCCAAGCAAUGCCAUGGCUCUGUGGGUUUUCUUUUUCAGGACCAAAAAGAAGCAUCCUGCAGUGAUUUAUAUGGCUAACCUGGCCCUGGCGGACCUCCUCUUUGUCAUCUUGUCCCCUCUGAAGAUUGCCUACCACGUUAAUGGCAAUAACUGGAUCUACAGCAAAGCCCUAUGCAAAGUCUUGGUUGGGUUCUUUUAUGGGAACAUGUACUGCUCCAUUCUGUUUAUGACUUGUCUCAGCGUUCAAAGAUAUUGGGUAAUUGUGAACCCCAUAGUACAGUCAAGAAAGAAAUCAGAAAUUGCCAUCGCAGUUUCAGCUGCAAUAUGGGUACUAAUCAUGCUUGGCACCAUUCCAUUAUAUCUUGUGGACCAAACUGUUUAUAUUCCAAAGCUCAACAUCACCACUUGUCACGAUGUCCUGCCUCAAGCACAGCUAGCAAACGACAUGUAUAGCUACUUCCUCUCUCUUGCCAUUGGAGUCUUCAUGUUCCCAGCCAUCCUCACUGCGGUUUCCUACAUUCUCAUGAUAAAGACCCUGAAUGCCUCAAUUACAGAUGUAAACAUUGGGAAGAAGCGGAAGAGAGCCAUCCGGCUAAUCAUUAUCGUGCUUUCCAUGUACUUGCUCUGCUUUUUUCCUAGUAAUAUCCUGCUGCUUGUGCACUAUUCCCAGAUCAAAACCCAUGGCUUCAGUAACAUCUAUGCAGCGUACAUCACUGCACUGUGUCUUUCGUCUCUCAACAGCUGCAUCGAUCCAUUCAUUUAUUAUUUUGUUUCCAAAGACUUUAGGGACAAUCUUAAAAAUGCUCUCCUGUGUCGAAGUGUGCGCACUACCAAGAGGAUGCAAGUCUCCCUCUCUUCAAAUAGAUACCCAAGGAAAACCCCCUCUUACUCCUCCAGUUCAAACACAACUAGAUCAACAUAUUAAAUUUGCAUGUGGAUGCAGGGAAAACCUGGACUAGUAUCAGAGAAGAGUGCUGUGUUUGUCUUUAAAUGGGCUUCGUCAUAAUAGUUUAUUCACAGAAGACCAUCACGAACACUCCAAAAGCUCAUAGUAGCACUACUCAUAAGAGGAAAAACAAGAGGAAAUUGCAAAUGUGAUGUAGUUCAUAGAAUCAUAGAGUUAGGAGAGACCACAUGGGCCAUUCAGUCCAACCCCGUGUCCUUUGUUUUAAAACAUACUUAAAUAGAAAGGAUUCUGUUUUGCAGAGCUGUUAGCUCAUAGCAAAAAGGAUUGCAAAAUGGACCAUGUGAAUCCUUAAGGUCCCGGGUAUUUCUACUAGUGUCCAGGUAUGUUGACAUAGAAGGGAAAAGAGGACAUAUGUAAUACUUAAAUGGCUUGAGUUUUGAAACACACACUCCUUGUUCAUGCGACUCAAUUCCUUUGUUACCAGACUGGAGGAUGUCAGAAAGUGAUUUCUGUUUGUCAGUCCUGUCAAACCAGAAUCUAUAAGGGCUCUGGAGUAUUGUAUUACUGAUGUCCAAGUGACUAUUUUUGCACUGAUGCACAUAAAUGUAUCUGUAAUAUACCAUGUCUAUGUAUGUAUGUAUACACACACACACACACAUCUUUAUUUUAAAUAUGCUGUGAAUAUGCAAUGUGACCAAUAUGUAGCCUUGAUGUAGUCUAUAAUUAUGUGCCUUUAAAAAGAAUUGUACUUCCAAUAUUUUAAACUUUUUUAUAAAGAUGUUUAAUAUACUCCA